UGCGGAGCAGGACAGAGGGGGUUCUCUAUUAGGGCAACUAAAGUUUACACAACUUGUGACAAUUUAAGACAUCCGAUUCCUCUCGCUAAGUUUGACUUAUACUCGAUCGGAAGAUGACCACAGCCGUGGUAUCGCCUUUCUUCGACUUUAGCGAAGUGAUCAUCAACAACAAGAACAAAAUGCUGAACUAUAAUAAUAACAUCCUCAGUACUCCACACCCUGUCUCUGUCCCUUGCACGGGGGCAAAUCUGCCCAUCUCCAACCCCACUGGGAGCCUGCUGGACAGGAAGGCAGUAGGGACACCCUCCACAGGUGGGGUUUAUCAGCGCCGGCACUCUAUCACUUCGGCCAGCACCAAACUCAACCAAAACCAGUUCUUGAACUUUGCUAAAGCAGAUCAGUCCCUGCUCGGUUUAGGGACGGGAAGCACCGGCAGCAGCAACAAAGAGAACCGACUUCGAGACCGCUCUUUCUCCGAGACGGGGGAUCGCCUGCUGCAGAAGUGUUCGGGCCCUGGAGGCCCCAACAGUCAGGUCAACUCGAGUCGCUACAAGACCGAGUUGUGCAGGCCUUUCGAGGAGAACGGUGCGUGCAAGUACGGUGACAAGUGCCAGUUUGCCCAUGGCAUUCACGAGUUGCGAAGCCUGAGCCGCCAUCCCAAGUACAAGACGGAGCUUUGCCGCACAUUCCACACCAUCGGCUUCUGCCCCUAUGGGCCGCGGUGCCACUUCAUUCACAAUGCGGAGGAGCGCCGUGGACCACCGCCUACCCCGUCCCCCCUUUCCACCUCCAAUAAGAUGGAAAGGCCACGGCUGCAACACAGCUACAGUUUUGCGGGCUUCCCCAGCUCUGGAGGCUUAAGGGACAGCCCGACCUCCGUCACCCCUCCACCCAUGUUUUCCCCCGACGAGCUGCUCGAGUGGCCCAGCAGCAACCCCUUCACGUAUUCCAGCCAGGAGCUGGCCAACCUCUUUAGCCCCGGCCUGGGCUGCGUGCCCAUAUCUUGCUCUGACCCCUCCACCCAGGCACCAUCUUCCCCAACCACAACCUCUUACUACUUUCGAGCCAUGUCAGAAUCUCCCCAACUUUUUGAGUCUCCAUCCAGCCAACCAGACUCUCUUUCUGACCAAGAGGGCUAUCAGAGCAGCUCGGGUGGAAGUACGAGCGGCUCCGAAUCACCUGUCCUCGACACCACCCGCCGAUUGCCCAUCUUCAGCAGGCUUUCCAUCUCUGAUGACUAAAGCACACUGAGCCAGACCCCCAUUCCCCUUUCCACUGCAUGCAGCAGUCUUGGGCAGAGAGGAUGAGACGCUAGCACUCCCUCUACCUCUCGCCGUUUCUCUGGCCUUCUAGACGCCGUAGACUUCCUUCCUUGUAUCGCCUCUGUGUCUCAAUGCAGCGAAUUAAGGGAUCUGUCUCUUUUUGAAUAGUCAUUUUAACCAGAACAAGCUAAAACUCUCUCGGCCUCAACACUGUUCUGUUUUCAGGGGCUUGGUCAUGGAGCCCCCGUUGUGUUCUCGGUGUGACUGUGCCAAACAUGCAGAGUAGGAAGCGGAUUAGCCAAAACGCUAAUCGUGAGAGGUAUGAGACUGUUGUGCCAGGUGCUAAGUGUAGCAAAGCCAGCGGCACAGUUAAGGCAGAGAUCUGCGCCCUUCCCCCCCGCUUUGAAAAUUACCACUUUUCUCAAGGACGCUGUUUCAUAACUAACUAAAGUUCACGAGUGUCAUGCUUGGACUUUUCACAACUGUCUUUUUUUAGACCGGCUUAAAGGUAAAAGAGUGUAAUGAAUAGUGACAAAAGACAGGUGCAUGGUCUUGAGUGUUGGGGUGAACGGACCACUGUUUAAUUUUUUCUUUAUAUUUUUUGUUCCAUGUGGCCUGAUUAUGUAGCUCUUGUUUUGAGUGCGUGUGCUCUCCCUCCCUUGAACUGCAGAUUCACUGCAGGAAGGACUUUCUCAUAAGGGUUAAAUGAGAAUGGAGAUCUGGAAUAUUUCAGGCACGUAUUAUUUUUUUUAAUCGGGUGCUAUAUGCUUCAUGUUUCUCAUAAAGCCAGCCAGCACAAAACCCUGAGAUGGGAGACGUCACCACUCAAAACUGAACAAUUCUUUACGUUUUUUUUGUUUGUUGUUGUUUUUGUCAUUGCCACCCAUUUCCCGUUAGUUGCUGGUUACUUAACGUUUGUUGGGAAGGGAAUCUUGUUAUUAAACAUUUGAGACAAACUCUUUCUUCUGCCCACCUCAAUACGCUGCCUCCCCUCGGGCCAUUAGCAAGCAGAGGGGGAAUUCCAUCAUUCCCAGGAUGCAGUUCAGCCUCCUGCAGCUUCACUUUAGUUCUUCGUGCAAGCACGCUUUUUCCGUAGAUUCCGCUCGCAGGAGCACUUUGUAAUUUCAUCAUCUAUCCACCUCUUGGUUUUCCUAUUUUUAUUAUGGUCAUUGUUAUUAUUAUUAUUAAUAUUAUUAUUAUUAUUAUUAUGGUUAUUAUUGUUAUUGUUUGAAACCUUUUGAGAACAAAAGGUUUUGCUUGUCACUGCUUAUUUAACUUAUCAAAAACAUAUUUAUUGGUGAUCAUAUGCAUUUUUUUGUUAAUUUUGUUUGUAUUUAUCUUGAUAAUGAAACGAUAGAAUAUAUUUUCUUUUAUGUUAAAUUAUGAUCUUCUGUAUUAAUCUUAAGAUUGUGAAGACUUGUCAGCUUUCUUUUUCACAGUUUAAUAUAUUGUACUACAAUGAGUUUUGUUGGCAACUACACUUAAAAGAAAAUUAAUUUAAAGCAAAAACAAAAAAAAUCUCUGCAUUUGAUUUAUUUAUUGUAGAUUUAUUAUCAUUUCUUUUUCCCAAAUAUUUGACUGCAAAAUCAGUACUACUAUACAAUCAUUCCUUGAUAUUUGAGCCUACACAAAGCAUCAAUAGUUAUUUAAAAAAACUCCAUUUAAAAAUCCUUCCCCAUACUUUAUUUUUUUUUAACUUGAGGCAAGCCUAGUCCCCACGAAUGGCACAUUCUGAAGUACUGAACCAAUUAUGUUUUGUAAUAAACAAACUUGGAUUGCCAAUACAUUUGAUGUAAAAAUCGUAUGUUUAAUGCCACAGGGGAAGAAAUUAGCUGCACAAUUUUUUUUCGAUAAAUUUGAGUUGAACUGAAAUGCAGGGAGUUUCGUGGCCUUACAACAUGCGCACAUUUUAAAUACCACCAUGAAGUGCAUUUUUAUUAUUGUGAUUUGUUUGUUACAAAGUUUAAGGUUUGAUGUUGCAGGUAAUAAACCUCCAGUGUUAAAGCAGUUUCUUCAGUUAUGUAGUGGAUAUGACGAAUUGCAGGCAAUAAUUGUGAUCUUAUGGGUUUGAAGUUCUGUGUUUCGGAUUGAAGAGCUUCCAGUGUGUAAAUAUAAAGUGCCUCUACACAUUCCAUGAGCAAAUAUUCUUUGCCUUAAAAAAGCUGCAAUGCUCUUUUUAUGACUUCUGCUUGUAUCCUUAGUGGUGUAAGCAAUGCUUGUCCAAGUUGGUUAACAGUAUAGACACAAAGAAAGUAUCUUAAGAGUUGAAUGUAUUUUUUUUAUUAAACAGCUAUUGCUGUUCACUACAGUAAUUUCUAUGCGUUUAUAUAAGGUUGAUCUCUCUUUUGUAAUGACUGAUUGCAGUUAAAGCCAAUAAAAACCCAUAUUUUUGAGAAAAUAA